AUGCAUCAACGCCGACGCCUUGAAUUUCGCAUUGUUGUUGAUGGCCUUGCUGGAAUCUAUGUUCUGGUGUCAGUUGAAUUAUUGAGGAAUUAUCGCAGAGGUCCGUAUCCA